ACCUACAUCGGUGCAGUUCUGAUCUCCGUGAAUCCUUUCAAACAGCUUCCAUAUUUCACCGAUAGAGAAGUGGAGCUGUACCAGGGAGCUGCUCAGUAUGAGAACCCCCCACACAUCUACGCGCUUGCUGACAACGUGUACAGGAACAUGAUGAUUGACAGCGAGAACCAGUGUGUCAUCAUCAGCGGUGAGAGUGGAGCUGGAAAAACUGUUGCUGCCAAGUACAUCAUGAGCUAUGUGUCCAAAGUGUCCGGAGGAGGCGACAAAGUCCAGCAUGUUAAAGACAUCAUAUUGCAGUCCAAUCCCCUGCUGGAGGCCUUCGGUAACGCCAAGACAGUCCGCAACAACAACUCCAGCAGAUUUGGUAAAUACUUUGAGAUCCAGUUCGGUCGUGGAGGGAUGAAAUUUCAAAACUUCCUGUUGGAGAAAAGUCGAGUCAUCUCACAGAAUCCUGGAGAGAGAAACUUCCACAUCUACUACCAGCUUUUGGAGGGGGCUACUAGUGAGCAGAGGGAGAACCUCGGGGUGACAACCCCUGACUAUUACUUCUACCUGAACCAAUCAGGAACGUACACGGUGGAGGAUGUCAAUGACAAGAAAGAGUUCUCUGAUACCAUGGAGGCCAUGUCAGUAGUGGGUCUCUCUAUGGACGAUCAGGAUGCAGUUCUUCAGCUGGUUGCAGGAAUUCUUCAUUUAGGAAACAUCAGCUUCAGAGAGGAGAACAACUACGCUGUGGUGGAGAGCCAGGACUUCCUGGCUUUCCCAGCCUUCCUGUUGGGGAUCCCUCAGGACGGCCUCUGCAGUAAGCUGACCAGCAGGACCAUGGACAGUAAGUGGGGCGGAAAGACCGAGUCCAUCUCUGUGACCCUGAACACUGAGCAGGCCAGCUUCUCCAGAGACGCGUUGUCCAAGGCCCUGUACACACGCCUGUUCGACUUCCUGGUUGAUUGUAUCAAUAAAGCUAUGGAGAAGGAGCAGGAGGAUCUUACCAUUGGAGUCCUCGACAUCUACGGCUUUGAGAUCUUUCAGAGAAACGGCUUUGAGCAGUUCUGCAUCAACUUUGUGAACGAGAAGCUGCAGCAGAUUUUCAUUGAGCUCACACUGAAGGCAGAACAGGAGGAGUACGUUCAGGAGGGGAUCAAGUGGUCACCCAUCGAGUACUUUAACAACAAAGUGGUCUGUGACCUGAUUGAGUCCAAACUGAAUCCUCCUGGGCUGAUGAGCAUCCUUGACGACGUGUGUGCGACGAUGCACGCUAAAGGUGAGGGGGCGGAUCAGACGCUGCUGCAGAAGCUUCAGGGUCAAAUCGGAUCGCACGAACACUUCAGCAGCUGGAACAAAGGAUUCAUCAUCCAUCACUACGCCGGCAAGGUGUCGUAUGACGUCAGUGGUUUCUGUGAGAGGAACAGAGACGUGUUGUUUAAUGACAUCAUCGAGUUGAUGCAGAGCAGUGAGUUUCCGUUCAUCAAAGCUCUGUUUCCUGAGAACCUGGAGGCGGAGAAGAAGGGGCGUCCGAGCACCGCCAGCAGUAAGAUCAAGAAACAAGCCAACAGUCUGGUGCAGACUCUGAUGAAAUGCACCCCCCACUACAUCCGCUGCAUCAAACCCAACGAGACCAAAAAGCCCAGAGACUGGGAGGAGACCCGGGUCAAACAUCAGGUGGAGUACCUAGGUCUGAGAGAGAACAUCAGAGUCCGCCGGGCUGGAUACGCCUACAGACGAGUCUUCAACAAGUUCCUGCAGAGGUACGCCAUCCUGACCAAAGAGAGCUGGCCUAAGUGGAGGGGCGAGCAGCGUCAGGGAGUCCUGCACCUCCUGAAGUCGGUCCACAUGGACCAGGACCAGUUCCAGCUCGGAAAGACCAAAGUGUUCAUCAAAGCUCCAGAGUCGCUCUUCCUGUUGGAGGAGAUGAGGGAGAGGAAGUAUAACGGGUACGCUCGUGUCAUCCAGAAGGCGUGGCGUAAACACAUUGCUGUCCGCAAGUUUGUCAAGAUGAGGGAGGAAGCUUCUGAUGUCCUGCUGAAUAAAAAAGAGCGUCGCAGAAACAGCAUCAACAGGAACUUUGUGGGCGACUACAUCGGCAUGGACAACCAUCCAGAGGUCAGACAGUUUGUUGGUCGCAGAGAGAGGAUCGACUUCGCAGAUGUUGUGGUCAAAUAUGACCGAAGGUUCAGAACAGUGAAGCGAGACCUCGUCCUGACCCCAAAGUUCCUGUACCUGAUUGGGCGAGAGAAAGUGAAGCAGGGUCCAGAUAAAGGUCAGAUCCAGGAAGUUCUCAAGAGGAAGAUCGAACUCAACAAGAUCCAGUCUGUUUCUCUCAGCACUCUACAGGACGACCUGUUCAUCGUCCACGAGGAGGAGUACGACAGCGUUCUUCAGAGUGUCUUUAAAACCGAGUUCCUCAGUCUGCUGGUCAAACGUUAUCAGGAGAAAAGUGACCAGAAGCUGGUGCUCAAAUUCAACAACCUGCUGGAGUUCAAGGUGAAGAAGGGCGGUUGGGGGCCAUUUAGUUCUUCAGGGUCCAGACAGAUCCAGUUCCAGGGAGGGGACGGGGAUGAGGCAAUUCUGAAACCCAGUGGGAAGGUCCUGCAGGUCUCCAUCGGACCAGGUCUACCUAAAAACUCCAGACCAACCAGGAAGGACAUGCGCAAGAGCCGCUACAAGGGACACCAGGCUCCACCCACCAGCCAGUACAGCUCAGCUCCUCCCUCCAGGAAGGGCGGGGCUCCCAGAGGAGGCUCCACCUCCUCCAGACACUCCCUGUUGAGGCAGCAGUCCAACAUGGAACAGCCCAGUCUGCCCCGCCUCCAGAGCCAGCGUCGCCACGACCACCAAGCCCAACAACAGCAUGACAUGGGCUUCAUGGAAGUCCCUGACCAGGGUGCUGCAGGGCUGCAGCGGCGGAUGUCGAAGGACGUUAAGCCCCUUCCUGGAGUGGGUCGACCCAAACCGGCUCCCAGACCCAAGCCUCGCUCUCCUCAGUGCAAAGCUCUGUACGCCUACGAUGCCCAGGACACCGACGAACUCAGCUUCAAUGCCGAUGAUGUCAUCGAGAUACUCACUGAAGAUCCGUCCGGCUGGUGGUUCGGUCGGUUGCGGGGCAGAGAGGGGAUGUUUCCUGGAAACUACGUGGAGAAGAUCUAAACCCGCUUCUCCAGGGUUCAGAGGUCAUAGACCUGCUGCAGCAGCUGGGGUCAGGGGUCACUGGAGCUUAGGGGAAGCAGUUUACUCACUGUGACUUCUGUCUCUUACACAGCAGUGUUAUCAUGACGACCCUACUGCGCCCCCCACAGGCUCCAGGGUUCAUUACAGCCACAGUAUGAAAGUGUUAACAGAACAAAUGAAUGAAUGAGGAAUCAGAGAAGUGGAUAAAUAAUCUGCAGGCUUUAGAUCUCUGACCAAUAGACACAUAAAGUUUAAUAGAAAAGUUUUAUAAACAUAAUAAAACAUGUUUUAGAGACAGCUGAUCAAUAAACGGACAUUUCAGAACCAA